UCUUUUACUACUUAUUUCUCACCAAAACCUCACCAAUCUUCUCCACCACUUAAUAACGCGCAGCCUAAAUCUCAGAAAACCAUUCACAAAUCGAUGGAUAACAAUAAUCAGCAGUCGUUUUGGCAGUUCAGCGACCAAUUGAGAGUCCAGACGCCGCAGAAUCUGGCGAAUCUGUCGUUAAACGACUCGAUCUGGAGCACAAACUCCGUCUACAAACGCAACGACGAGCGCAGAAACUUGGACAACAACCAUGUCGAGUAUCUGAACCAGGACAACAACAACAACUACAACAAGACUGGUUCCGACAUCAGCUGGAACAGCUGGAAAUCGAGCUCCAACGAUUUCGGACCGGUGGGCUCGAAAUUCAGGUCCAACGAAAUCAACGGCGAUUUCAACAAGGGGAUAUAUUCGUCGCCGGUGAAGACUAGCUAUGGGAUUCACCAGAAGAGCAAGGGGGUCAUCGAUGAAGAUCAUCAUCAUCAGAUUCCGAAAGGAGGAGGCGGGAAGAAGAACAGGAAGAAUCAGAACCACAAUCACCAAAGGAGCAACGAAGACAACAACGGUGGUUUGGACAAGAGGUUCAAGACGCUUCCUCCGGCGGAGGCUCUGCCGAGGAACGAGACCAUUGGUGGUUACAUCUUCGUGUGCAACAACGACACCAUGGAGGAGAACCUCAAGCGCCAGCUUUUCGGGUUGCCGCCCAGAUACAGGGACUCGGUCAGAGCCAUCACUCCGGGCCUUCCUCUCUUCCUCUACAACUACUCCACUCACCAACUCCACGGAAUUUACCAGGCCGCAAGCUUUGGAGGAACAAACAUUGAGCUGAGUGCUUUUGAAGACAAGAAGUGUCCUGGCGAAUCUCGAUUCCCUGCUCAGGUGAGGGCCAUAACGAGGAAAGUGUGUUUGCCACUGGAAGAAGAUUCCUUCCGACCCAUUCUGCAUCACUACGACGGCCCUAAGUUCCGACUCGAGCUCAGCGUCCCUGAGGUGCUUUCUCUUUUGGACAUUUUUGCUGAGCAAAACCCU